AUGGCGUCGGAUUACGACCACGGGGCGCCUGACGACCGCUUGCAGGCCCACCCCGCUGCCCCUAUGGAACCCGGCUAUCCUGGCGAUCGAGGUUGGCAGCAGCAGCAGCAGCAACAACAACAGAAUGGAGGAAGGAGAACCCCCGACAGCAGUUAUCGCACACAGCAGUCCUCGCGCUCACCAGGCCCCAGAACACCUGGCAGAGAAGGCGACUCGAGACGGAGCGGUGAACGCAGCAGAUCCAACGGAAGAGGUGGGCGGUCAGCCAGCGGUCAACAGAGAAUCUGCAAGAAGUGUGGAGAGCCGCUGACCGGCCAAUUCGUGCGCGCACUGGAUGGAACCUUUCAUCUGGACUGCUUCAAGUGUCGUGACUGCGGUCAGAUCGUAGCUUCCAAGUUCUUCCCUGUGGACGACGAAAAUGGCGAGGGACAGUACCCGCUCUGCGAGACGGACUACUUCCGCCGGUUGGGUCUGCUUUGCUACAAGUGUGGUGGUGCCCUUCGAGGCUCCUACAUCACUGCCCUCGACCGAAAGUAUCACGUCGACCACUUCACAUGCUCCCUUUGUCCCACUGUCUUCGGCGCCCAGGACAGUUACUACGAGCACGAUGGCAAUGUUUACUGCCAUUACCACUACUCCACGCAGUUCGCGCAGAGAUGUAAUGGCUGCCAGACUGCAAUCCUCAAGCAGUUUGUGGAGAUUUACAGAAAUGGCCAGAACCAACAUUGGCACCCCGAGUGUUACAUGAUACACAAGUUCUGGAAUGUGCGACUUACCCAGCCAAGCGAUUCCUCCGAGAUACCCCAAGAGACCGACGACCCCGCCACGCGCGAAAUCAUCAGAGAGGAGGAGGAGCGCAUGGAAGAGAAAGUUUAUCGCAUCUGGAGUGUCUUGUCGACCUUUGAGGAGUCAUCUGCGGCCUGCAUUUCCGACAUGCUUCUCCACGUGAGCAAUGGCGCCUACGUCGACGGUGUGCUCGUCGCCAAGAAGUUCAUUUGGCACGUCGAAAUUCUGUUCCAGUCUGCUGAUCGCCUAGACUACUCCAUGGACGAGCUGAAGUUAAAGGGAUUGUCGUACGGACGUGAGGCCAAGCUUUUGUGCAAGAAGAUAGUAUCUUUCUUUUCCCUGUUGUCCAAGACCCAGGACACGGGAGCCCGGAAGCUUGGCGUCACGCAGGAGCUGCUGUCUCUCGUCACAGGCCUUGCCCACUACCUCAAACUUCUUAUUCGAAUUUGUCUGCAGGGAGCGCUGCGUCUCGAGAAGGAGUCUAAGAGCUCUGACGGCAUCUAUCAAUUCCUGGACGAUCUCAGCGAGCUGGACAGUGUCAAACCUGACGACAACACUCUCCAGGCUAUCACCGGCAACUCACGACUUUCGGCAAAGGACUCGGACCAUUGCGCACUGUGCAACAAAUCUGUCGAGGACGAGUGCGCUAAGCAUUCCGAUAGACGUUGGCACAUUACUUGCGUGAGCUGUUCUCGAUGCACCAGAGACAUCGGUCGCAAGCUGGAAGACGCUCGUUACAAUGCCUUCGACAAGAAGAUUUACUGCAAUAACUGUAUCGGCGCCAACAGCGAGGACAUACCUCCUUUCGAGCAUGUCACCAAGUUGCAGCAAUACGUUUUCCUGCUGAAGGUGGCUCUGGCGAGAUUGUUGGACAUCCUCCGAAGUAACGGCGCUUUGCCUCGGCAGAAUGACGACCAGAACAUGGAUGGGUAUGGUCCAGGCGAGGGCCCCCAAACUUUGGCACCCGGAGAAGCGCCCUACCUAAAUUCAGACAACCGCUCGAAAUCGUACGCCGGAGAUCAGCGGGAGCACAAUCGCGAGUCUUCCUACGAGAACACGCUGAAUGAUGUUCGCCGGUUGAGAAGCACUCGGCUCGACAAGCACUUGUCGUCCAGCUUCAGAAAGGCGAGAACCUCGCGCAUUAUGGACGGCCCUGAGGGUCGUAGCGUCCGCCCAGGAUCGGCAGGCGAGGACUUGGGACGAGCCGAUGGGGACCUCCAGAUUGUCGAAGACAGACGUGGCCCAAACGACGAGGGCACGACGGACAAAAUGUUUAACCACCAGGACGCCCUGACUCUCGAUGACAUCCCGCGGAUUGUCGCUGCCGAACAGGUCAAAGAGCAGCAGUACAAACCAAGCCGACAAGAGCUCUUCCGAUCUCCUGCGACCGAUCCCACGGGACACCAAAGAUCGCAAUCUGCGGGCAGAGAGGCAGAGAUCCGCAUGGGCGACCCGAUGCCUCAGCGGCUCGGCCGGAAGUAUUUCUCGGAGCUGUCGGGACUGGAAUACUUCAUCGUGCGCCACCUAGCAGUCUUGACUCUAGCGCCUGCGGUUGAGCACGAGUUCUCUCUCGAUGAGUUGUUGAGCUUCAUCGAGCUGAGGAAGCAGCCCACCUUCUGGAAGAAUCUCGGCAAGGCAUUCAAGAACGACAGGCCCAAGAACGUCAAGAAGAAGGGCAUCUUCGGUGUGCCGCUGGAUAUCAUUAUUGACAAGGACGGUGCCGAAUCGACAGACGGCGUGGGACCCGGCACUCUCAAGAUCCCCGCCAUCAUUGACGAUCUCAUCUCCUCGAUGAGGAAGAUGGAUUUGUCGGUUGAGGGUGUGUUUCGAAAGAACGGAAACAUCAAGAAGCUGUCCGAGUUGUGCGAGAGGAUUGACCGCGAAGGCUGCGAUAGCAUCAACUUCAUGGACCAGCCCGUAGUCCAAGUCGCCGCCUUGUUGAAGCGAUACCUGCGCGAGCUUCCCGAUCCGCUCAUGACUUUCAAGCUUCAGAAACUCUGGAUCGCCGUCGCCAAGAUUCAAGACGACGAAAAGCGCAAACAGUACCUGCAUCUCAUCUGCUGCCUGCUGCCCAAGCCUCACCGAGACUGCUUGGAGAUCUUGUUCUGCUUUUUGAAGUGGGCCGGAUCUUUCCACCAGGUUGACGAAGAAGCUGGAUCCAGGAUGGACAUCAAGAACCUGGCAACGGUCAUUGCGCCGAACAUCCUUUACAACAGCAACAAAGCGCCUACGCUGGACAGCGACCCCAUGUUUGCCAUUGUGGCCGUGAACGACAUGAUCACCUCUAUUGAAGAGAUGUGCUUGGUCCCUGACGAGCUCAUGGAUCUGGUCAACGAUCCCUUUGUCUUUGGAAACACGGCUGAUCUCACCACCAAGGACAUUCUCAAGCGCUACCAAGACCGCAUGGGCCAGAGAUCGGGGCUCAGCGGUGAAGUCAACGAGGUUUUUAACAGACCCGACAACUCGACUCGGCCCCCUCCCCGAAGGGUCGAGACAGACCCCGCUCUGUGGCAACAGCAAGAGAGCAGUGUCCGCCCCGUGCAGGAUUCGCCCAUGCCCAUACCUCCUUUCAACCAAGCCAACCCUGGCACGCCGCCCCAGCGAUGGCGAGCACAACAAGAAGAGAACGGCCAACCGUCUCCCUAUGGCGGAGGAGCACAAUUCGAGCAUUCUGACACCGAGGGCCCUAGUGAGGCGCAGAAGAGAGAGUGGCGCCAAUCUGGUGGAGUCUGGGGAAGACAGAAUGGUGUUGGUGUUGGCGGAAACUUGUAA